AUGGCUAACCCAGAGAUCACCUGGUGGCAGCGGUCAUCGGAUUCUGAUCCCAAGAGAAACACCAUUGGGUUGCGAUUCUGGGUCCCUUCCCUUGGAACUAAGGAGGCAUCGAAGAAAUCCGACUCGACGGAUACAGUCCAAAAAGACGCGAACUUGGGCAUACCUUCGAAGGACGACUCGACGUCAGCUCAUCCAGCCCAAGCGGAGGGUAAAAUAGAGACUGACGCAUCUGAUGAGAAAAUCUUUCAUGGACCCGGCGGGUCUAGAGUCGUGGUUACUCCAACUACAAUUUCAUUCAAGGGCUAUUCAACCGUCAAACAUACCCUUUACGAUGUGGAAUUGAAGUUAGCAAGGGAGGUUGACCCAGGUAGUGCAACAUGUGUCAUCGGAGAGGGACUCUCGACAACUACUGUGGAGGUUAACAAAAAGGAGCUUGAUGCAUCGUACUGGAAGACGUUGGUUGAGACUAAAAAGCUUGGUUACUUAAGAACCGACUUUGACAUGUGGCGUGACGAAGAUGAACAGGAACCCGUGAAAGAAGACUUUGGACCAACAUCGCUUGAAUAUGAGGAUGCCUUAGGACAAUUUGCUGGUAUGGAGGGCAUGGGCAUGGGGGCCGCAGGAGGAAUGGGACUCGGGGGUGAUGAGCAAGCUCAGACGGGAGAUGACGAUAGUGAGAUGCCUGGACUAGAAAGCGGUGAAGGUACUGACGAGGAGAAAGGAGAUACGCCUUCUACUGACAAACCAAAGAUCGAAGUGCUUCCUUAG